GCGAUCGAUUUGGGAGGGCGCUGUUUUGUCGCGUUGAAGAAGGCUCUGCGAAAGGUUGGUGUGACGGGGACUGAAGUAUUUCUGUGUUUCGGAGUUGAUGUGAGCGAGAAGAGGGGAAGUAGAGGAAACGAUCAUGGAUCGGGCGGCGUUGACCGUUGGGCCGGCGAUGGAUAUGCCGAUAAUGCAUGACAGCGACCGUUACGAGCUGGUGAGGGAUAUUGGUGCCGGAAACUUCGGGAUCGCGAGGCUAAUGCGGGAUAGGCAGACCAUGGAGCUGGUGGCGGUGAAGUACAUAGAGAGGGGCGAGAAGAUAGAUGAAAAUGUUAGAAGGGAAAUCAUUAAUCACAGGUCUCUGCGGCACCCAAACAUUGUUAGGUUUAAAGAGGUUAUCUUGACUCCAACCCAUCUGGCUAUUGUCAUGGAAUAUGCUUCUGGCGGGGAACUUUUUGAGCGCAUUUGCAAUGCUGGACGCUUCAGUGAGGACGAGGCUCGUUUCUUCUUUCAACAGCUCAUAUCUGGAGUCAGCUAUUGUCACUCCAUGCAAGUGUGCCACCGGGAUCUAAAAUUAGAGAAUACCCUUUUAGAUGGGAGUGCUGCUCCACGGUUAAAAAUAUGCGAUUUUGGCUACUCUAAGUCUGCAGUAUUACAUUCUCAACCAAAGUCCACUGUUGGAACUCCUGCAUAUAUUGCUCCUGAAAUUUUACUCAAGAAGGAAUAUGAUGGCAAGAUAGCUGAUGUGUGGUCCUGUGGAGUCACACUUUUUGUAAUGCUAGUGGGUGCAUAUCCUUUCGAGGAUCCAGAAGAGCCAAAGAACUACCUGAAGACGAUACAGCGCAUAUUAGGAGUCCAAUAUUCAAUUCCGGACAAUGUUCCCAUAUCUCUCGAGUGCAGACACUUACUAUCAAGGAUAUUUGUGGCUGAUCCUGCAAUGAGGAUAACAAUACCGGAGAUACAAAACCACGAGUGGUUUCUAAAGAAUCUUCCAAUUGAUCUAAUGGAUGAUAGCACAACGAACAACCAAUAUCAGGAGCCCGAUCAGCCAAUGCAGAAUCUGGACGUGAUAAUGCAGAUAAUUGCAGAAGCAACCAUUCCCCUCAAUCAUUCUCUAUAUUACAGCCCUGACCUCGACCUCGACGACAUGGAGGAUUUUGAAUCUGAUCCAGAGCUUGAUGUUGAUAGCAGCGGAGAAAUAAUUUAUGCCAUGUAAUUUUAUGUUCUGCUGGUGCUGCUACCUUGUUGAUGAUUGCCCCCAGACCUGUAGCACCCUAGAGUUCAGCUUGGUUUUUAAUUGUGCUUAUGCACAACUAUGCCCCUAAAAAAACAAAAAAAAAUAAAAUAAAUAAAGAACUAAGUAGUAAUACAGCUUUAUGAUACAUGUUAGCCAUGUGAUUAUGCAGAAUGGUGUGAUUUUGGCUUUCUUGCCUUUGUACUGGUUUGUGGACCUUGUUUUCUGUUAAAAGCUGGUUCUGUUAAA